UGAAGAUCGAAAGAAUUCUCUGACACACUCGUGUCUCAACAUUUUAGACCGUUAAACCGCUUGAAAUUGUGGUACAUCGUCAACAGCUACGGCUUGUGGAUACCAGCCAUUCCUCAUUAGUGUUGUGACCGUUGUGACAGAGAGUGGCUGUCUGUGGUUGUGUUAGCUGGAACAAGAGGGCGGGAAUACGAUCUAACUUGUGCACCAUGGUGUACUGGUCUCAACGAUGAGUGGACAGCCUGAGGCAGAAAAAAAUGGCAGUCCAAUGUCAACUGCCAUCGCAGAGAAAAUGCCUUCCAAGUGGCUUGUCCGUAUCAAAAGCAUGUUGCCUUUUGUGCUUGGCGUGGCAACAUUUGCAGGUACUGUCCAACUGUUCAUGCAAGUAAUGGAGCCUUUGAGAGAUGACACGGCUACAGACACCAGUGCCAAACUGAUUUAUGCUCUGAGAUGGAAUUUGUGGGCUUUGAUUCCUUUGGUGCUUGCAAGUUUAAAGCAUCACUCUACUGAUACUGUGAAGGCAUUUGUCCGCAAGUCAUUUGAGGAGGACCUUGUCUUGCUCCUGAAUACAUGUAUUCUAGCAACAUUCUUGGAAACAGUGCAACUACAACUGAUACCGUCCCUGGUUGCUACUGCUGUCAUCUUCAGAUUUCUCCACUGGUACAGUAUAGAUUCCUCUGAGUGGCUGCAGUGUUUCUCGGGUUGCUCAUCUGGGCUGUGUAAUGUGUCCUUACUGGUGUACAACUUGUCCUGCCACAGUGUUGAGCAGGGUCUGGACACCCUGGGGAUCAUAGGGUGCAUUACUGGUAUGAUAGGAUGGGGGAAACCAGCGGAAGCUUCAGGAUCAUCUGGGUGGUUUUAAACUUUGAAACAGCAUUUGAGAAGAAUCCUCGCUGAGUAUAAAAUAUCUUUACUCAGGAUGGAAGGUGCUGAUAUAGUGCUUUCACUUUUAUUUGGGAACCAAGACUAUAUAGGUUCCCAUCCCUAGAUCGAUCCAUCUGGAUUGAUCUAUCUCCCUGGGGAGUCUCACUAAAUUGCUGUCAACUUA